AUGUCUGCCCUGGUCGUGCCUCUAGAAUCUAACCCUGAAGUAUUCUCUGAGCUUGCUCAUACCAUUGGUCUCUCUCCAGUUUUGCAGUUCCACGAUGUGUUUUCAUUGACUGAACCUGAUUUGUUAGCAUUUCUUCCGCAACCACUUCUAGCAGUUGUUGUUCUCUUUCCGAUUUCCGCUGGAUACGAAUCGGAUCGUAAAGUAGUGCCUGGAUCUGGGGCAAUCAGAAGUCCCUCCAUUAAUUGGUUCAAGCAGACAAUCAAAAAUGGUUGUGGUCUAUACGCAUUGCUUCAUGCCUUAGCCAAUUUAACCCCUGACUAUAUCGUAGAGGAUCUGGUUCUCAACAAGCUCGUGCUUAGCAAUCUUCGUCCGGACCAAUCUGAUGAUGAAAUUGCAAAGCUUGUUGAACAACUCGAGAACUCCAUUCAACUCGACGCUAAUUUUGGGCUGAAAGGACAGACUGAAGCUCCUGAAGCAGACGAUGAUGUUCUGUUCCACUUCAUUACCUAUGUUUUCGGCACUGACGGGCACAUAUAUGAACUUGAUGGGCGUCGUGAUGGACCGGUGGAUUUGGGAAGCAGCGAGCUGGAAUCAAAUAUAUUAGGAGAUGGCAAAGUGGCAGAGCGUGUCAAAUUCUACAUCGACCAUACUGAGGAUCAAGACAAGGAUAAGUUCGCAGUGAUGUCAAUUGGUCCGAGCUUUUAG